AUGAAACCAUCUAUCCUCUCGAUUGACACCUCUUCUAUAAACAAUAUGUUUAGUAUCCCCUCAUCAUCAUCAUCGGUGAUAUCUAACAACCAACAAGCAAACUCGUCUGCCAAUACCACUCCCACCGCUCUCUCGGUCUACAACAGUAAUCCCUCUACCCCCGUUGGCAACAAGUCCAAUUCUCAACAACAACCUACCAGCCCUGAAGCCGAUUUGUUUCGAGGUUUUGCCGCAAACAUCCAUCAUCAUCAACAACCAAGUAGCAACCACCACCACCAACAACAACAACAAGAUCAUCAUCACCACAACAACAACAACAUGUCCAGUAGCAAUAAUAAUAAUAGUUAUAAUACCCAGCAACAGGAUCAAAAACUCAAGUGGAUGGAUCAACCAAACCAAAAUACAGGCGCCUUUGACCUGGAUUCCAACACUACUGGAUAUCUUUCCAGUCUGCCCACCCCUACUUCGUCGACCAACGCCCUCCCCAUCCUCUCGACCUCUUCGCCAUCGGUUCUCAGCGCACCUGCCAAGAAGCGCCAAAGAGACGAUGAGAUGUCGCCCACCAACAACUCGACCAACGCCACCCCCCUUGUAACAUCCUCCUCCAACAAUUCAUCCUACUCUAUGGAUUCCUAUUUACCAAGAGAUGACAAAUCGUCUCUCCAAUCGUCGUCGUCGGGUGCCUCGGUCACCUCGUUGGACAACACUGUCACGCACGAGCAAGCUUCACAAUUGCUCAAUUUCACAAACCAGAUACAAUAUCAACAACAUCAUAUCUACAAAGUGGGUGGAAAUAAUAAUAAUAAUAAUAAUAAUAACAAUAAUACAUUACAACAACAGAAAUCACCAUCUCAACAAUCACCUCCAGUUGUCACUGGAUUAAACAAACAACAAACUCCAAUUAAAUCACCAUCUGGAUCAGCUACCACCACAUCCACUUCAUCAGCUAAUUUGAAAUUACCAUCAUUUCACCAUUUGGAAUUGGAAGCUGAAAAGACUAAACAAUCCAACAACAACAAUAAUGACGAUUCUGUUAAUAGUCCAGGUACACAAAGUAGCAUUUCACCAUUGCCAUCGCCACUACCACAACAACCAGGGCAACAACAGCAGAAAAAGCGAAAGUCUAAACCAUCCAAAUACUCAAUCCCAACUAGUAACACUCUGCCAACAAACGCAUUCUCAUCGAGUAAUACCAUGGUUGGUAACUAUGCCAGUCCCAACUUGAUCACUGGCAACUCUUCCUUUAACACUUUGCCAGCUGCUGGCGACUUUAUGCUCAACUACCACAACUCCAACUCGAGUACUCCCAAUGCACAGUCGUCUGCCCCUUCUCCGCUCAUCGGCACCUACUCUACACAAUCGGGAUCCUCUACAGACUCUGGUUUGUUGUCGUCACCAACCUCGACACCAUACUUUCAACCAAACAAUGUACUAUAUAAAAACAACUCUACCACCACCAACUCGUCUACCUCUGAUUUGUCAACUAGCGGCGACUAUAUUCCCGCCGGAGGCAACAACUCUUCCACUCUUGGUACACUCUCAAAUUAUUUGAUGGGUCAGCAACAACAACAACAGGGAGUUGGUAAUCAAUCCAAUCUCACUCCACAUUCACCACCUUAUCCAUUGGAAUUUGGACGUGCUACCAACUCUUUUGUACAAGAUGAUAAUAAUAUGUUACAACAACAUCAACAACAACAUCAACAACAACCACAACAACAACAACCAAAACAAACUACAUCUUCGUCGUCAUCAUCAACAACAUCAUAUUACAAUUCACUCAAGAGUGGAUCAACUACAGCAAAGAGUUUUGGUGAUUAUAGUGAUCAUAUGUCAUCACCUCCUAUUGCAUCGUCGACUAGUUCACCCUCAUCGGCCUACUCUACCUUUAUAGGAAAUGCGACUGCCUCUGCGCCAUACGCCUACUUUGACCUAUCACAUCACCACGUUACCCAAAAGAAGACCCACAGAAGAAGACCAGCCAACAUUGACAAGAGUACUCUGUUUUGUCAUACUUGUGGCACCAAAUCAACACCUGAGUGGAGGCGUGGACCCGACGGACCUGCCACAUUGUGUAAUGCUUGUGGUUUGGCAUUUGCUAAAAAGCAAAAAGAGGAUGAAUCCAACUACCAAAAAAUGUUAAUGUCUCCCUACUCUUACCAUCGUGGAAUUAUGCAUGAAUCCUAUGUCAACCCCUCUCUUUUACCCCUCAAUGCUGCAGCUCCACUCCCAUACAUUAACAAUAACAAUCAUCAUCAUACCACAUCCAACUCUUCUUCCUCUUCCUAUUUAACCUUUACGCCAUCCACAAACUUUCAACCAUUGUCUUCUAAAUCUUCAAGUUAUAACCAAAUGAAAUCAACCUCUUCUAAUAACAACGCAAACACCUCCAACACUUCCAACAACAACAACAAUAAUAAUAAUAAUCUUCAAAACACAUUCCAGAAAUCUUUUUCAUAUGAUAAAUUUUAA